AUGUCUAUGCGUUCUCUUGCAACUGUCGCCGCGCUGGCGGGUGCAGCCUUUGCUGCCCCAGCACCUGCAAAGACCACUGAUGUCUCGGCAACAACUACGACUCUCCUUGCUACCGCUACGAACAAGGCAUUCGGUCUUAACGAUGCCGCUAAGCAAGCCGGCAAGCUUUGGUUUGGUACCGCGGUCGACAUUCCGGGUACAGGCGAGGCACAAGACAAGUUCUACUUUCGGGAGUUCAAGAGCCCUCAUGACUUCGGAGAAGCGACCCCGGCAAACAUCAUGAAGUUCGAUGCCACCGAGCCAGAACAAAACUCUUUCAACUUCACCGGCGGUGACUACUUCCUGGACGUUGCGGAGCAAUAUGGCAAGCAGGUCCGCUGCCACAAUCUCAUCUGGCAGUCUCAGCUUCCCAACUGGGUGAAUAACCCGGCCACCCCGUGGACCAACAAGACCUUGUCCAAGGUGCUUGUGAACCACGUAACGAACCUCGUGGAGCAUUUCGGCGACCGCUGCUACUCUUGGGACGUUGUCAACGAGGCCUUCGCAGACUCCCCGGCCGGUGAUUAUCAGAAGAAUGUCUGGUUCAACAACAUUGGUCCCGAGUAUGUGCCUAUGGCUUUCGCUGCCGCCCAAAAGGUCAUCGAGAAGAACGGUCUCAAGGUCAAGCUGUACUACAACGACUACAACAUUGAGUCUCCUGGCGCGAAGACUACUGCCGCUUUGAACCUUGUCUCUGAGCUGAAGGGCCGUGGCAUCCAAAUCGACGGUGUUGGUCUUGAGAGCCACUUCAUCGUUGGCUCGACCCCAAGCUACCACCAGCAACUGCAGACCAAGCGUGCCUUCGUCAGAGAAGGCGUCGAGGUCGUCAUCACCGAGCUUGACGUCCGCGCUACUCUGCCACCUAGCGCAGCCGAGCAGACACAGCAAGUCCAGGACUACUACGACAGCGUCAAGUCCUGUGUCGACGUCGCUGGCUGCGUUGGUAUCGUUGUCUGGGACUUCGACGACACUUACAGCUGGGUUCCGUCCACCUUUGCCGGGCAGGGUUACGCCGAUCUCUUCUUCCAGCCGCAUGGUGCCAACCACCCGCUCGUUAAGAAGGCGGCUUAUGACGGUGUGCUUGAGGCUUUGACUGGUGCUGCUGAGGGUGUGUAG